GUCAUAUACCGGGACGCUGGACCUCAUGGGGGUCAUUGCCAUGCUUUGAUACAUGUCGUUGGAUCAUGACGACGUCACUGCCGGCUUAGCUACGAUGAAGUGAUCCUGCUCCCAUUUAUGGUCUAAAAAGGCCUUAACAUCUCAUCGUUCCUAUUCUUUCGCAUAAGUCUACACCACUAUACUUACAGCAACAGACAGCUAAGUAUCUACUCCAUUAAUCAAGAUGGCCACUCUUCACUAUCUACCUCCCGUGAAGCCCUCGGCUAUUGCCAUGGGCACGUUCUUCACCCAUACUGCUUCUCUCGGCAUCCUCGCCCCUGUCUUUGGUGACACCUAUCAUCGCGCCCAAGCCGCCAACACCAAAGAAGAGUUUAUCAAAUCUAAAGAGGCUGCCGGGGCCGCGGCAGCCUGGGGUAGUUCUCUGGUCGGGAGUGCUGUGCAGACUUAUGGCGUUGCAGCUUUGAUCAAUGCUACGGGCACCCUAAGCUACAAGGGUGCGGCUUAUCUGGGAAGUCUGGUCUUUAUGGCUAGUUCUGCUCCAAGCCUUAUUAGCCACGUCGUCGCCGAGAAGAGGCCCUUCGAUACUGUUGCUGUAGGCUUGGUUAGCAGGGUGUUCGAGACCGUUGGACUGAGUCUUUUCCUCACGUGGUGGGGAACACGGACGAAUCCCUUUGACUAA